UUUCGUAUGCGGUUGUGCUAUUGAACUUGUUAUGAUCAAAUGGAGUGUCGGCGAAACUAAUUUCUACGACACAUUCAAGAAAAGAGAAAUCAGAAAAGCGGCGCUCGCAGUUGUCGAAAAAGAACAGAAAAGUAUUUUCUAAGAUGCCUUUCGGUGUCACUUGGCCUCAAUACUUGAAAUUUUGGGCCGUGUCUAUCACCGGUUGCGUGUGUGGCUCGCAGUUCGUUCACUCAAUCUACAAACCUCUAGAUAAUAUAGACAAAUUGAUCGAGGAGGAAGCAGAAAGAAUACGCCAGUCGCACGCUUUGAAUAAACCAACGUUCGAUGAGAAGUUUUUAAAACUUGUACAACAAGAUCAAGAGUACAAGAAGUCAUUGCAACCUAAAAUUCAAACGAAUAGCGCCGAGUAGAAUAUGAUUUAAGUUUGUAUAUAAACCAAAAUAAACUUUUAAAAGAGAAAAA